AUGGCCACACUGAAACUCUUCGGAUUCCCCUUCCAGGUGUGGAUCGUGAUGACCGUUGAGUUUGCAGAGCGAUUGGGGUACUAUGGUACCACAUUCAUGCUAAUGACGUAUUGCACUGUUAUGCUGCGCUGGAGUCCCACCGCUGGCAACGCUCUUAUCAACAGCCUAUACGCCAUCGCGCCCGCGUCAGCCUGUGUUUCGUCCGGACUGGCAGACGGUCGGUGGGGUCGUCCCUUCGCCCUCGUCGUGUUCAUGUCGGCACUCGUGGCAGGGCUUUCUCUGGUGGCGCUGUCAUCCGCUCCAUUCAUGUACGGCGAUUUCCCGCUCGAGCCAUCUGUUUCUAGCGUUAUCAUGUUCGCUGUGGGCAUGAGUUUAUUUGCCGUUGGGUAUGGAGGCAUGAAGGUGUGCACCAAUCCGUUGAUGGCUGAUAUUGUAUCGGCGGUCUACCAAGACAGCGAAACAGGAUGCCAUGUUGUACUCUCACAACUGUUUCGUUGGAUUUAUUGCGUGACGAAUAGUGGCGCGCUUUUGGGCAUCGUUGGGCCACCGCUCCUGCGUGGCGUCGAAAAGCGACACACCAUUAUGGGGUCCGUCACGUACACAACAGGCUACUACAUCGGCUUUUCUGUAUCGGCGGGGUCAUGCGCUGUUGGUCUGCUACUGUUUGUCAUUACGUAUCGUUGGUUCCAGCGGAAUGAAAGGGUGCCAUCUUUUGUGCUUGGGCGUAUUUUGUUGCACGCCAUUCGCAUUCGGUGGCUUUUCUUUAUUGGAUCUAUUUGUGAUGAUGAAUUUCUGCGUGCGCAUCGUUGGGAUUUAAUUGACUUCGCUGGGUACCCUGCAGCCGCGAUGGGAAGUGCCGAUGAGAAAAGAUUCUAUGAAGUGGCCGCAAAGAACCCUGAAUUGGCGGAGAAUUUGUGGAAGGCGACAGAGAAGGACGAGAGGGCACAACAGCAAAACGGGUUCCCGAUGAAUGCACUAGAUGACACCAACAACGAGACGGGAGAGGAUGUCACUAUCUCGGAGCACAUAGCUGCGGAAAAAAUGUCCGCACUUGACCCUGUUUGGAUCGCUGACGCGAAAAAAGUCAGUGACGUGUGCCGCGUUUUGGUUAUCAUGCCGGUCUAUUGGCUUGUCACAAAUCAGUUCAGCACAAACAUGAUCCUGCAAGCGGCGGCAGUGGACCUUCCUACAAACAUCCCUCCGGAAGUGUUUAAUAACAUCAACGUCGUAGCACUUCUCAUCUCCCUCGUUUUCUUUGACAGACUCUUGUUUCCAUUCAUGUUUGGCGAUCGUCGCCCACCGGUCCGGGGUCGUGUAUUGGCUGGCAUGUGCAUCAUGAUUGUUUCCAUGGUGUGGUGUGGCUUCGUGCAGCUGGGUGUGGAGAGCCGUGGAAUUUACGAUAGUGAGAACGACUACAAUCUGUACCCAGGGGAGAAGAUGCUUCCAGCUGGCUGGCUUGUGCCCCCGUAUGCUAUGCAAGGCGUUGCGAGUGCGCUGGUCGAUACCACCAUCAUGGAGGUGACGUAUAUUGUUGCACCCGUGUCAAUGAAAGGGGCGGUGAUGGCACUCUAUCUCAUGGCAUCUAGCAUAAGCGGAUUCCUUGGACUUGCUCUUUCCCCAGUUAUGCUGCCGACAAACAUCAUGAUCAUCAUGUUUGCGCUCGCAGGGGCGCUUUUUUUUGUGGGGGGCCUGUUUUUUCUUUUGAAUCCCCCCUCAGAAGACAUGGCAACGCCGAGCAGCUGUAAUGACGUUGAUACAGUAGUGGAGUCGGAUACACUUACAAAGCACGAGAGUGAUCACUUGCUGCACCGAGAGAGCACUCACACGCAGGACAGUUUUCAGUACGGCUGUGCCCCGUGCACUCUUGUGGAGGGGGAAGUGCGAGAGGCCAAAGAUACAGAUGCUCAUGCUUUGAGUGGGAAGUGA